AUGCUCUCCAACCGGCGCCAGCUUGGGGCUGGUUGCGAGGCUGCUGCUGUGACCCUGGCCCACGCCCUCGGCGAAGGCCUGUACCUCUACGCUGUAUCUCGGUCGCCUCGGAGGCCUCCCAGGAACUAUCUCCUUCAGUCUCUUCUCGACGUUCCGUCUUUCAAUUCCUGUAGUAACACUAAUCCGCUCCGAGCUAUUAACGCAACGUCCAGUCCCUAUGCAUAA